AUGGCUAUUAUCCGUCUACAUCAGAAUAGCUUUUCGGAUCAGUAUCUUCUUUCAGUUCAAAGCGUGAGAAUCCUUGAGGACUCGGUAGCUGCGGUCAUGCGAUUCGAACAGCAGCUCAUUCUUGGUGAUCGUCCGCCAAUAUCGCUUAACAUGCAGCCCAGAAGUUUGCUCGAAGAUGAUGCGGUCGCAUCAGCUAGCCAAGAUAGCCAUCCUGGCAUUUCACAGGCUGCAGAUAAUGAGUCCUUCUUGGCUCCUUUACAAGAAGUAUUUGCUCAACAUCUACAAGACGGAGCUCUUGGACGAGAAUCGACGGACGACAUAAUAAACGAUGAAACACCACACAAUGUGGCCGGUGCCUAUGAGGCAUCUGCAAUGCUAGGGCCUCCAACCUUUUCCUGGGAUGGAGACUUGUAUUCAAUGAUGAAUUCUGACUAUGCCGAUGCAAAUCAACUAUGGUUGUGGUCAGAUAGCACAUUGCAGAACUUCCUCUAG